AUGGAAUUGACAACAGAAAAGAAACCCUAUGUUUGUUCUGUAUGUGAAUAUGCUAGUGAGUGCAGUAGUAACCUUAAAAGACAUAUGAGAAUACAUACUGGUGAGAAACCUUUUAAAUGUGAGGUUUGUAGUUAUGCAACUACACAGAGAGGGCACUUUAAUGAGCACAUGGCUAUACAUACUGGAGUUAAACAUUUUAAAUGUGACCUGUGUAGCUAUGCAAGUAACCGUCGAAGUCAUGUGAAAAGACAUAUGUUAACACAUACAAAGAAUAAACUGCGUAAAUGUGAUGCAUGCGAUGAUACUUUUGAAGACGGUAUUGGGCGGGAACAACACAUGACUCGACACAUGACUGGUCAUUUAGAAGAAAAUGGUAAUUAUUUGACAUAUAAUGAUGUUAAAAAGGAUAUUAAAAUAGCAGCUCAGUUGGAGGAGAAACCGUUCAAAUGUCAGACAUGUGAUUACUGUACUGUUGAUAGUGUACUUUUUGAAAAUCAUUUAGCAAGUCACGAAGAGAAGAAGAUCUUCAAAUGUCAAUUUUGUGACUAUGUUUGCAAUUUGAGCUCAGAUUUGAAGAAACACAUACAUGGUACACAUGAUGUGGCCAGGAGAUUUAAAUGUAACGUUUGUAACUUUUCCAGCAAUAAUAGGGGAAAUCUGAAAGAACAUAUAGCAAUACAUACUGGAGAAAAACAAUAUAGUUGUCACAUUUGUGGUUAUGCAUGCUAUCAUAAAAGUCAUAUGCAGAGACACUUAAUGGUCCAUACCGGAGAAAAACGCUUCAAGUGCGGAGUUUGUAGCUACGAGAAUAACGACAAACGUUACAUGAAAAUACAUAUGAGGAGACACACCGGAGAAAAACCGUUACCGUGUCAAUAUUGUGACUACACAUGUGAUAACAAUAAUGAUAUGGCAAGUCAUUUGGUGAUACAUACUGGAGAGGAGAACGUGAAAUGUGAUUACUGUGAUUAUACAUGCUCCCACAUAACACUUCUAGAGAAACACAUUGCCAUGCACAUAGGAGAAAAACCAUUUCGAUGUUACUUCUGCGACUAUUCGUGUGAAUAUAACUCGAAUCUAAAAAGACACAUGAGCAUUCAUACCGGAGAGAAAAGGUUUAAAUGCGAUUUUUGUGAUUAUGGAAAUUAUCAAAUUGGACGUUUGAAAGAGCAUAUCUUGGCAAAACAUUCAUAA